AUGGACAAGAGAACAUCCUUGGACAAUGGUCCAGAUCCGUCCUCGGACAACACCGUCCAGGUUACUCACGAUGAGCACGAUGAGAAGCUCGCAUCUCAGGACCUGAAGCCCGAGCUGCCUCAUGAGAAUGGCGCAGGCCACCAUGCUCAUCAUCGCGCUCUCAACAUCAUCGAGAAUCCUCUCAAGCGCAAAACGCCUGAGCAGAACGUGGCAGAGGCCCGCGAGUUUGCUGAGACACAUGGCCUGCCUGAGCACGCAACUCUCUUCGGCAAAGCUGCUCUCGUCGCCCGUGACCAGGACAACUUUGACUGGAUCACUGAACUCGAUGAGCAUGAGCGCACCGCUCUUCAGUAUGAAAAGGACCACAAGUGGCACGGCCCCAAGAUGCUCUGGUACUCAAUCGCUCUGUGUGCCGUCGGCGCUGCUACCCAAGGUUGGGAUCAAACGGGUUCCAACGGUGCCAAUCUUUCAUUCCCCAAGGAGUUUGGCAUCGAUGGCAAGGGCAAGGAUGAGUGGAUUGUUGGUGUUAUCAAUGCCAUUAUCUUUUUGACCGCCGGUCUUAUUGGUGCUUUCAUUGUUGAUCCUCUCAACCACUACUUUGGUCGACGAGGAGAGAUUUUCAUCACUGCUUGCUGUCUCACUGCCACCCCAAUUGGAUCUGGUUUCGCGAAGUCAUGGCAGGGCCUGUUCGCUGCUCGUUUCGUCAUGGGUAUCGGCAUCGGUGCGAAGAACGCUACCGUCCCAAUUUACUCUGCCGAGAUGGCUCCUCAUCGUGUUCGAGGUGCCCUAGUCAUGUUCUGGCAGCUCUGGGUCGUGGCUGGUAUUUUCUUGGGUUUCUGCGCCAAUGUCAUCGUCAAGGACACUGGCAGAAUUGCCUGGCGACUUCAACUCGGCUCUGCCUUCAUCCCAUCUUUCAUCCUCGGUAUCGGUAUCUUCUUCUGCCCUGAGUCUCCUCGUUGGCUCAUGAAGCACGGGAAGCACGCCAAGGCUUUCCGAUCCAUGAACCGCCUACGGGCUCACCCUAUCAUCGCUGCCAGGGACUUCUACUACUCGUGGAUCAUCUACCAGGAGGAGCUGAAGGAGGCUCGAGGUGCCGGAUACUUCUCCCGUUUGUGGGACUGCUUCGCCGUGCCCCGCAUCAGACGUGCCAACUAUGGUGCCUCGACGGUCAUGAUUGCCCAACAGAUGUGCGGAAUCAACAUCAUUUCUUUCUACAGCUCUACUAUCUUCGAAGAUGUCGGCUACACCUCAACACAAGCCUUGUACGCUUCUCUUGGCUACGGUGCCAUCCAGGUCGUCUCUACGAUUCCCACGCUGUUCCUGAUUGAUACCAAGGGACGACGAACCCUGACCCUGAUUACCUUCCCCAUCAUGUGUAUCACCCUACUCGCCGCUGGUUUGUCCCUGUUGAACCACCAUGGUAGCCAGGGCGCUCAGAUUGGACCCGUCGUCUUGUUCGUCUACCUCUUCACGAUUGCCUACUCGCUAGGUGAAGGACCGGUCGCCUUCCAGUAUUCUGCCGAGGUUUUCCCCACAAUCCAGCGUGAGCAGGGCAUGGCCUGGGCGGUCUGCAUCAACAACACUUUUGCUGGUAUUCUCAGUCUGACCUUCCCUCGUAUGCGAACCGUCAUGACUCCCACUGGAGCCUUCGGUUUCUAUGCCGGGCUUAACCUUAUCGCCUGGUUCAUGAUCUUCUGCUUCGUGCGUGAGACCAAGCAGCUCACUCUCGAGGAGUUGGACCAGGUCUUCUCAGUCCCUACGAAGAGUUUCAUCGGCUACGAGCUCAAGGUGUGGCUUCCUUACUUCAUCAAGCGCCACGUCCUCCGCAAGAACAUCGAGAAGCCCCCACCGAUCAUCGAGAGGGCCGAGAAGGACGUUACUGUCUAA